AUGAUUAAAUCGAAGGCCUUGAGAAGAAGAUUGACCUGUGAGUCUGCUGCGAAUGUUCUAAUACUUGAAUCAUAUGCUAAAUCCGCCGCUACCCUCCGCAAUAUCCUGUCUCUUCUAUUACCACAACGCGACUCUAUCGAACAGACGAUGGAGGCAAUCGCAGAAGCCAAUGCCGAAGCUAAAGAGAUAGACGAUGCGGUUCACAUCGGCGGAGAGAUUGCGGUUGGGGCAAAUGACGGGUUUGACGAAGACGAGUUGCAGGCAGAGCUCGACGGGAUGAUAAAGGAAAGCCAGGAAGAUGAAGACAUGAAGGCGCUGGCGGAGAAGCAGCGAUCGAGGGAAGAUGGAUCGACCGGGCAAGACGUGGACAACAUGAUUACUGAAGAGACUAUGAUGGCGGUACUGCAGACAUACCUUAUUUCUUACACUUAUGAUAUCAAUUGCAUCAACACAUGUUCGCUACAUAUACAAUGCAUAUUUCGGUCAAGGAUAUGA